CUCUUCUGCCGUCUCAACCCCGGGGCAACAUGGCAGGCAGAGUGCAGUGUGGAUGCUGUGAGACCUGAUAACCCCGACGUUUGCUGAAGAGUAGGAGGCCGAAUUCGUGGCGAGGCGUGGAGGGCCACUGGAGCCAGAGGGACCCACGCGAGGAGGUCCUGCAACCCUGUGUCUCCAUCAUUAGAGCAUUAUUUGCAGAGUAGGAACGGGAUGUUUCGAUCUCGAUCUCUGGAUGAAAACAAGGUACCAGCACCUGCCUGACACGGAACAAAGAGAACUCUGCAGAGGCUUAGUCUCUGCAGAGCAAUCGGAGGGAAUCGACAUCACUAAUAAUCCUCUGGACGCAACAUGGGCAGCCAUACUUUGUCCGUUAACAUCGUGUCAGCUCCUGCGUGCGUAGGAGAGAACAAUUUCCACCGGAUGCUUGUUGACGAGCGACGGGGAACAGUUACGUCCUUAAACGACGAUGUUUAUCCAUCGGAUUUCCUCCCAUUUGACAUGAACAUUAGCAGGGUUCCCCUUACGAUUGACAAAACUCCACCAACUCCGAUUGGAACGGCAGUGCCCUCGCUUGGCUCAGGUGUGAGAAGCAGUUGCCUCGUGGGAAUCCCGCCGAGGUCUGAAGAGACUUCAAGGCUGGCAGACUGUCCCACCGCGGGCCAAGACUCGACUCCGAAGCUUUUGCUGGCUAUCGGAGUUAAUGAUGAGCUGGAGACGACACCGAACUCGUAAUCCACCUUAUUGGUACGAUACCCAAUCGCAAUGGUGGAAAACCACUCCCAAUCACAGCAAAGUCUGCAAGAAGUUUCGAGUAAAGGUCUGGAAGACAUUUAGCCCACGUAAAUCUCUAGUGCUCGAUGUUUCUGGUCUCGUGUCUGUCUAUCCA